AUGAUUUGCCCGGGAGUUGCUCACAAUUUCCAACCACCAAAGACGCCACCACAAAAAGUCGCAAUCACUGCAGCGCAUCUAUCACUGUCACCAAAGAAAUACACAAUAACUUACCCGCAGCCGCCAAGAUGAAUAUGAAUUUCAACCCAUUUAGCCAUAGCAUCGAAUAUGGCCGACCCACGAUGAUGUAUGAUUCUCUGGAUCAAUCGAAAGCCACAGUCCCGGCCUUUGGUCUUGGCCACCACGUUCCAGAUAUCGAGCCCUUUGGCACUGACAUAGAGCCCACGGAUGUUCUGUGCGGACGCGGCAAGACCAGUUUCAACCAUGUUGGCAACCGCCGAUUUCGAGACUUGAUUGCUGCCUCGACUGACAAGUACAAUAGCGCCAAGUCCCGCUUAGAAAAGAGUAUGGUGGUACACGCCAUUGUGGAACAAGUCAAGAAAGUCAAGGGUCGCUUCCUGAAGCAAGAUCGCUACACUGGGCGCUGGUAUGAACUGGAUGAGCGCCAAGCCAAAGAGAAGGUUGGCCAUGCCAUUCGAGAUGCUACAUCCACCAUGCACCCAAAGAACAAAAAAGUGAAACCCAAGCACCACAGCAGCGGCACCAGCGCGGACUUGACAUCCUUUCUCAAGAAUACCGCUACAGCUUCUGCCAAGAAGGGAACCCCCGCACGAACCGUCUCCAAUUCAUCGACGAUAUCUUCACGCUCGGAUACUGCUAGCACCUGUCCCACCACACCCAUUGCAUGCAACAAGACAAAAAUCACUUCAUCUUUAACAACAACGGAUGCCUUCAGUUGGGAUGAUGCGGAUCUGGAACCUCUUCAUGUCGAUUCCAUGGAAGCUCGAAACAGUAUCGUGGAACUGCAACAGAACGACAUGUUGUUGAACCAACUCAAGAAUGCUCUCAGCUCCAGCAGCAACCAUUCCACAUCGUCAUCUUCGUCAGCACCAAACUGCAUUGAAAUCGUGUGACCAAAAAGCAAACAAAAGCAAAAGCUAGCCAGCUACCCGUUCAUUUUCCGUCGGUCGCUCUUGGGAGCAGGGACCGACCAAGACAUCAUCAUAACAACAUCCCAAGCAAACUUACUACAGUAAUGUAUAACAAAUAGAGAUAUAGACACAUUUUUAACUUGACAUUAUCUUGCUACCUAUCAGCCAGCUCGGCUUGGUUUGGGCUUGGGCAUCGAUCUAGCUAGGUAGCCACCGACGUUGUUUGGGCUUGGCCCUCUUUAGCUACCCAUACGGUACAUGUAUCGAUACCAUCAACCAGUGCCAUUCUCGGGUGACCAGUCGCAUCUGCCCAAACGGCUUUGUUUUACUUACGUGCUCGCCAUUAGCUGUCCGGUAGCUACUGGUAUUUUUUGAAGGGUGCCCGUACAUACUGUAGAUGCUUCACACUGUUCACCUCGCCGUACCGGUACUAGUAGAGCUACCGGUAGCUAGCAAGUACAGUAGAAGUGGACUGAGCUCGCGCCGGCUCGGAAUCAUGGUUGGCAGAACGCCUCCGCCGCACUCCUCGAUCGAGAUCAUCAAUGAUUCAUCAUCCAUGUUAGCUCACAAAACUAACAAGCACAAAGACAACUAUUAAAAACUGUCAUAGUACCAACAUGAAACUCAUCACUCCGUUGCUCCUCAGAAGAACUCUUGGGGCAGGCGGAGCCGGACGAUCCCACCGCGUAUUUGAACAUCGCUUGCGCCAACGAUGACUGUCCCUUCCCUAAUCCUAACGCUCAUACUUUCGAGGAGUGCUCCGAUGUUAUCACGGCACUGUUUCAAAAUGGCAUUGUUGUUUGAACACAA